AUGAGAAGUAAAGAUUAUGCCACACAUUCACUUCCUUUCAAUGUGAUGAUGACUCUCUAUAUGAACCUCAAGGAGUAUGAUAAAGUUGAGUCGAUGGUUUCAGAAAUGAUAGAGAAAAGCAUACCGCUAGAUAUAUAUUCCUAUAGUAUUUGGCUAUCAUCUCUUGGAUCACAAGAAUCUGCAGAAAAGAUGGAAGAAGUAUUUGAACAGAUGAAACUGGACAGAACCAUUAAUCCCAACUGGAGUACAUUCAGCAGAAUGGCUACAAUGUACAUUAAGAUGGGGCAGUUUGAUAAAGCUGAAGAUUUCUUGAAGCAGGUGGAGAGUAGGAUAAAAGGCCGGAAUCGGAUACCUUAUCAUUAUCUCUUAAGUCUUUAUGGUAAUGUUGGUAAAAAAGAAGAAGCUUAUCGUGUGUGGAAGGUUUACAAAGCAAGUUUUCCAAUUAUUCCAAAUUUGGGAUAGCAUGUUAUAAUAUCGUCUCUUGUUAGGCUAGGUGAUUUGAAAAGGGCAGAAAAAAUUUAAGAGGAAUGUUUACAGGUGAAAUCAUCUUUUGACCCUAGAAUUGGAAAUCUUCUCAUGGCUUGGUAUAUUAGGGAAGGAAGUUUGGAUAAAGCUGAGAGUUUCUUCAACCAUAUGAUCGAAGUGAGAGGAAAGCCAAAUUCAAGUACAUGGGAGAUUCUUGUUGAGAGGCACAUGGCAGAGAAGAGGAUUUCGGAGGCUUUAUCCUGCUUGAAAGAAGCUUUUAAGGCCGCGCGAGAGUUGGAGGCCAAAGCCUGUCAAUGUGUCUGCCUUCUUUAAGCUCUGUGAAGAAAAAGAUGGCACGGAUAGCAAGGAGGUUUUGGUUGGACUAUUGAGGCAAUCAAGAUAUCUUGAAGAUGAAGCAUAUGCAUCACUCA